AUAAUCGUGAAGAAUCUCAUAUUAUAUUCCCUCAGUCAGCAACCACUGAUGAGGGAGAAAGUAAAAUCAGACAGUGUAUCAGAAAGAAGUAAAACGAAUUUAAUUUUCACAACCUCCAAGCCCCAGCUCUCCACUACCACCACCACCCACCAUCUCUUACCCAUUUCCCCAAGCGUUUUCCAUUUGCUUCUACCUCUGCUCUCAAACCCUAGAAAAAAUCUUAAAAAAUUUGCACUUACCAUUUACUAUAAUCCUUCAUGGGUUUUUUCCAAGAAACCCUUGUAAAUCCUGAAUAAAAAGACAAAAGAAGCAUAAACUCUUGCCCAACACAACUCAGAUCAAAUAUGGCUGCGGUUUCAACUCCCAGGUACUUGUUGGCCUUCUUUCUACUGAAUCUUUACUUGAAAGUUUUGGAUGCGGACCCAAACUUGACCUUUUCUUUCAAGAAUUUUGGUAAAGAUUCAAACUUUGAGUCACAGUUCGCUCUGUAUGGGGAUGCUGAGGUUGCUGGAGAUGGUAUGUCGGUUCAAAUGGCUGGUUCUGGGGUUUCUACUGCUGGGAGGGUAUGUUGUAAGAAACCCAUGAAUCUUGUUGAGGGAAACUCAAGAAAUGUGGUGUCUUUCUCAAAUUAUUUUACGUUUUCCAUGUCUAAGGAAAAUGGGGAUGGCUUGGCUUUUGUCAUGCUUCCUAGCGGAUUUCCUUUGAGUGUUUUUGAUGGUGGGCCAAUGGGGAUGUUGGUGGAGAGAAAAAUGAAGUUUCUUGCUGUUGAAUUUGAUACUUUUAAGGAUGACAAGUAUGGCGAUGUGAAUGGUAACCAUAUUGGACUUGAUGUUGAAAGUCCCGUCUCGGUUAAAGUGAGCAAUGUUUCAUCUGUCAAUUUGGCCCUAAACAGUGGAGAAAAGUUGCAAGCCUGGAUUGAUUACGAAGCAAGUAGUAAACGAUUUGAGGUGAGGUUGAGCAAGUUCGGUGACAAUAGGCCAGUUGAUCCAUUGCUCUCUUAUCCCAUUGAUUUAUCAGAAAUGUGGAAAGAGGAGGAUGUUAUUGUGGGAUUGAGCUCAUCAAGUGGAAAUUCUUCGCAGAAGUGUAACAUUUAUUUCUGGAGUUUUAAGUCGAGAACUGUGCCACAGUGGAUGCAUUCAGAGCCCAUGGAUCCAGAAGACGUUGUGGAGAAUGCAGAAGAGCUGAAAGUUCCUAAAAAAGGUGAUUGUGCUUUAAGAAUACUUGCUGCACUAAUAUUCGGCACUGUAUGUGGUGCACUGGGGGCCUUCUUUGUAUUGUUCUUGUGGACUAUCUUCGGAAAUAGGCGUCCUGUGGUGCCUGAGGAAUUUACUGUGCAGUCCAAGGAGUUUGAUUACAAGAAGUUCAAUGUUUCUGUUGAUAAAACCAUCGAAGAUGGUAAGAACUAGACGUUUCGUUUGCAGAUUAGACGACGGAGUGUUUUUCGCUUGUAAAUCCUCUCCAUUUUUAGUACUUGGAUGUUCUGGUUGGCAUGGUGCUGUAAUUUAAUGAUCAAUCAUUCCAAUGUAGUAUUGCUAUAUAUUCCAUAUGUUGUGAUCAUUAAACUACAGCUUCAUUUUGGGAAGAUGAGAGUUCCAAAUGCUUCAUUGUUAUGAAUUUGUCAUGCUAAAUCCUCUUAAAAUUAUAAAAAUGCUAGUAUAUUUGAUACA